GACCCUGCUGACCGGAGAAGAAAAGCAGCGGGUGCUCCUAGAGGCUAGAAAGGCAGUCCGGGGCGAUGAUGGACGCCCCACUCAGUUGCCUAAUGAAGUCAAUGCUGCUUUUCCCCUUGAACGCCCCGGUUGGGAUUACACCACUACAGAAGGUAGGAACCACCUAGUCCUCUAUCGCCAGUUGCUCUUAGCGGGUCUCCAGAACGCGGGCAGAAGUCCCACCAAUUUGGCCAAGGUAAAAGGGAUAACCCAGGGACCUAAUGAGUCUCCCUCAGCCUUUUUAGAGAGACUCAAAGAGGCCUAUCGCAGGUACACUCCUUAUGACCCUGAGGACCCAGGGCAAGAAACCAAUGUGUCUAUGUCAUUCAUCUGGCAGUCUGCCCCGGAUAUCGGGCGAAAGUUAGAGCGGUUAGAAGAUUUAAAGAGCAAGACCUUAGGAGACUUAGUGAGGGAAGCUGAAAAGAUCUUUAAUAAGCGAGAAACCCCGGAAGAAAGAGAGGAACGUAUCAAGAGAGAAACAGAGGAAAAAGAAGAACGCCGUAGGGCAGAGGAUGAGCAGAGAGAGAAAGAAAGGGACCGCAGAAGACAUAGAGAGAUGAGCAAGCUCUUGGCCACUGUAGUUAUUGGUCAGAGACAGGAUAGACAGGGGGGAGAGCGGAGGAGGCCCCAACUUGAUAAGGACCAAUGCGCCUACUGCAAAGAAACGGGACACUGGGCUAAGGACUGCCCCUGCCCUGGGAUUGCCAGAUUUGACUAAGCCCUUUGAACUCUUUGUUGACGAGAAGCAGGGCUACGCCAAAGGCGUCCUAACGCAAAAACUGGGACCUUGGCGUCGGCCGGUGGCCUACCUGUCCAAAAAGCUAGACCCAGUGGCAGCUGGGUGGCCCCCUUGCCUACGGAUGGUAGCAGCCAUUGCCGUUCUGACAAAAGAUGCAGGCAAGCUAACCAUGGGACAGCCGCUAGUCAUCCUGGCCCCCCAUGCAGUAGAGGCACUAGUCAAGCAACCCCCUGACCGCUGGCUAUCCAACGCCCGCAUGACCCACUAUCAGGCGAUGCUCCUAGAUACGGACCGGGUCCAGUUCGGACCGGUGGUAGCCCUAAACCCGGCUACGUUGCUCCCCCUACCGGGGAAAGAGCCUCACCAUGACUGCCUCGAGAUCUUGGCCGAGACACACGGAACCAGACCAGACCUCACGGACCAGCCCCUCCCAGACGCCGACCACACCUGGUAUACAGAUGGAAGCAGCUUCCUACAAGAGGGACAACGUAGGGCUGGAGCAGCGGUGACCACCGAGACCGAGGUAAUCUGGGCCAAGGCGUUGCCAGCCGGGACAUCCGCCCAGCGAGCUGAACUAAUAGCACUCACCCAGGCCCUAAAGAUGGCAGAAGCUCACUUACAGGCCCUCCAAGCAGUACAACGAGAGGUCUGGAAGCCACUGGCCGCUGCCUAUCAGGACCAGCUGGACCAGCCAGUGAUACCACACCCCUUCCGUGUCGGCGACACCGUGUGGGUACGCCGGCACCAGACUAAGAACUUGGAACUUCGCUGGAAAGGACCCUACACCGUCCUGCUGACCACCCCCACCGCUCUCAAAGUAGACGGCAUCGCUGCGUGGAUCCACGCCGCUCACGUAAAAGCGGCGACAACCCCUCCGGCCGGAACAGCAUCAGGACCGACAUGGAAGGUCCAGCGUUCUCAAAACCCCUUAAAGAUAAGAUUAACCCGUGGGGCCCCCUAAUAGUCCUGAGAAUCUUAAUAAGGGCAGGAGUAUCAGUACAACAUGACAGCCCUCAUCAGGUCUUCAAUGUUACUUGGAGAGUUACCAACUUAAUGACAGGACAAACAGCUAAUGCUACCUCCCUCCUGGGGACAAUGACCGAUGCCUUUCCUAAACUGUACUUUGACUUGUGCGAUUUAAUAGGGGACGACUGGGAUGAGACUGGACUCGGGUGUCGCACUCCCGGGGGAAGAAAAAGGGCAAGAACAUUUGACUUCUAUGUUUGCCCCGGGCAUACUGUACCAACAGGGUGUGGAGGGCCGAGAGAGGGCUACUGUGGCAAAUGGGGCUGUGAGACCACUGGACAGGCAUACUGGAAGCCAUCAUCAUCAUGGGACCUAAUUUCCCUUAAGCGAAGAAACACCCCUCAGAAUCAGGGCCCCUGUUAUGAUUCCUCAGCGGUCUCCAGUGACAUCAAGGGCGCCACACCGGGGGGUCGAUGCAAUCCCCUAGUCCUGGAAUUCACUGACGCGGGCAAAAAGGCCAGCUGGGAUGGCCCCAAAGUAUGGGGACUAAGACUGUACCGAUCCACAGGGACCGACCCGGUGACCCGGUUCUCUUUGACCCGCCAGGUCCUCAAUAUAGGGCCCCGCGUCCCCAUUGGGCCUAAUCCCGUGAUCACUGACCAGUUACCCCCCUCCCGACCCGUGCAGAUCAUGCUCCCCAGGCCUCCUCAGCCUCCUCCUCCAGGCGCCGCCUCUAUAGUCCCUGAGACUGCCCCACCUUCUCAACAACCUGGGACGGGAGACAGGCUGCUAAACCUGGUAGAUGGAGCCUACCAAGCUCUCAACCUCACCAGUCCUGACAAAACCCAAGAGUGCUGGUUGUGUCUGGUAGCGGGACCCCCCUACUACGAAGGGGUUGCCGUCCUAGGUACUUAUUCCAACCAUACCUCUGCCCCAGCUAACUGCUCCGUGGCCUCCCAACACAAGCUGACCCUGUCCGAAGUGACCGGACAGGGACUCUGCGUAAGAGCAGUUCCCAAAACCCAUCAGGCCCUGUGUAAUACCACCCAGAAGACGAGCGACGGGUCCUACUAUCUGGCUGCUCCCGCCGGGACCAUUUGGGCUUGCAACACCGGGCUCACUCCCUGCCUAUCUACCACUGUGCUCGACCUCACCACCGAUUACUGUGUCCUGGUUGAGCUCUGGCCAAAGGUGACCUACCACUCCCCUGGUUAUGUUUAUGGCCAGUUUGAGAGAAAAACCAAAUAUAAAAGAGAGCCGGUGUCAUUAACUCUGGCCCUGCUGUUGGGAGGACUUACUAUGGGCGGCAUAGCUGCAGGAGUAGGAACCGGGACUACAGCCCUAGUGGCCACCAAACAAUUCGAGCAGCUCCAGGCAGCCAUACAUACAGACCUUGGGGCUUUAGAAAAGUCAGUCAGUGCCCUAGAAAAGUCUCUGACCUCGUUGUCUGAGGUGGUCCUACAGAACCGGAGGGGAUUAGAUCUACUGUUCCUAAAAGAAGGAGGAUUAUGUGCUGCCCUAAAAAAAGAAUGCUGUUUCUACGCGGACCACACUGGCGUAGUAAGAGAUAGCAUGGCAAAGCUAAGAGAAAGGUUGAACCAGAGACAAAAAUUGUUCGAAUCAGGACAAGGGUGGUUUGAGGGACUGUUUAACAGGUCCCCAUGGUUCACGACCUUAAUAUCCACCAUUAUGGGCCCCUUGAUAAUACUUUUAUUAAUCCUACUCUUCGGACCCUGUAUUCUCAACCGCUUGGUCCAGUUUGUAAAAGACAGAAUUUCGGUAGUGCAGGCCCUGGUUUUGACCCAACAGUAUCACCAACUCAAAUCAAUAGAUCCAGAAAAAGUGGAAUCACGUGAAUAA